AUGCCUUUUGCUUCGGCUUUGCCAAUCCGAUCUCAUCUUACUACUCACCAUCAACAUCAGACAGACCCCUCUCCUCGACAACUAAAGCAUCGCUCCUGUCACUCGUCCACAGAACUUCUAUGCUUACCAAUGACCAACUCUGCCUCGUUACCCACAAAUGUACCCUCAAUGACAACUCCAGAACGCCCAUCAAAGCGACCCGUGCCUACUCCAUCUAAGACGAUUGCAGUAGUGAACUCUUCCGGUCGUCAGGCAGCUUCGUUUAUCCGAGUUGCAUCAGCAGUUGGCUAUCGGGUGCGCGCUCAACUGCGGAACCUCAAUGGAAUCAUAGCGACUGAAAUAUCUUGUCUCCCAAACGUGACAGUGCUGGUGGGAGAUCUAUACAUUCAAAAGUCAUCCGAUACCCCAGAAACUGCUGGCGAGUCCUCUCUAACCGACAUAAACUAUGAGCUUAUCAGAGAAUUGUAUCGCGGCGCACAACUGGCCUUCAUAAACACUACGUUUUGGGGGGACGAAGUUUCUAUUGGAAAAGCACUAGCAGAUGAAGCGGUGGCAGCGAAAGUUGAACACUACAUCUACAGCUCCAUGCCCGAUCAUGCCGCUCACAACCCGUCCUGGCCCUCUCUUCCACUAUGGUCCAGCAAGGCAAUGAUUGAAGACUAUAUCCUUACGCUACCAUACCUCUCUACCAGAGCCACCUUUAUAUACACAGGCAUCUAUAAUAAUAACUUCACAUCGCUGCCCUACCCUCUCUUCUGUAUGGCCAUUCAGCCAGAUAAUUCAUUUGAAUGGACAGCACCUUUCCACCCCGACGCCCCCUUACCAUGGCUGGAUGCUGAGCAUGACGUAGGCCCUGCCGUUCUUCAGAUCUUUAAAGAUGGCGUGUCUCGGUGGGGUUGUGGCGAGCGCAUCGCGCUCGCAUAUGAAGUCUUAUCACCACGCGAAGCCUGUCGCGUAUUUUCUAGGGGCGUGGGUAGGCCAGUGCGCUACAUGCAUGAUCCUAAAAUCGAAGUAAAGGUUCACAUCCCUAAUGGCUAUCGGGAACAACUACUAGCGCUGGAGCAAAUGUACGGUCUCGGGACAGCUGACCCUAAAUUUCAGCCUUUUUACUUUGGAAGCGAAUUCUUGGAGAAAAGUUGUCCCAACCAGGCCAUGGAAGUAUGGGAAGGAUACCGGGGCUUAGAGGAGUAUGCCCGAGAGGUCUUUCCCCUGGAAGAGAGUGCAAACGGACUUACGUGGAUGAACGAUGAACAGGUGGUUCCGCUCAACCAAGCUGAAGAAAAGAAUAGAAUUGCAAUGGAGGAAGGGAAAGAUGAAGGGUUUACAGCUGCUAGCGAGAGCAUGCCAGCAAGAAGAGAAGAAGGAUGGCUCGCAUAA